CCUUCUUAACCUCUGAAAACGAGAGUAGCGCCCUGUGGUUCUGCCCUGGCCCAGGGCGCUCAGCCUGAGGGUUGCUUAUUUUGCUCACGCAAACAAGAAAUAAUCCAGUAGGGCCGGAGGGGCUCGGGCUGGAUGGAGAGGGAAAUCCUCAGGGUGUCAGGGAGGGCGUCACAGGUGCGCUCUGCCCUGUUCACGUCCACCAGCUGUGGACAUCAGUGCCAGCCACCCCGGGAUUGAGGCGUGACAGCACCGCCCCCGCCCGCCCCCGCCCCGGAGUGGCAGGGCAGACCCUUGGGUACCACCCCUCCUACGCGAGUUCUUCGUUCUGAGGACCGGCCCUGAGAAAUUCAGAGUGGUCCUUUGUGAACAGCGUCCCAGCCAGCCUGCUGGGCCCCUCGGACUGUUGGCUCAGAGCCUGGGGCAGGUCCGAGGUGACAGGUGGCCCCAGUCUUGGCCCAGCCUGAUGGUGCCUCCCCCACCCCCUUGUGUGCCCGUCAUGCCCAGUGGACCUGAGUUCGGCCAGUGAGGAUGACUUCGACAGCGAGGACAGCGAGCAGGAGCUGAAGGGCUACGCCUGCCGCCACUGCUUCACCACCAGUGAGUGGGCUCGGCGGGCGGGGGCCCCGCUGGAGCAGCCAGGCUCGGGCGCCUCCGGUGCCGCGCGUUGGGGGAUCGACCUGGAGGCCUGUCUGGGCGGUCGCUGACUUGACAUUUGCAUUGUCUUCAGGGUUACUUAGAAAGUUGAAGAUCUCUGUUUUACUUGACUCUCCUGUUAGCGUUCAGGAUGGAGUGCCGACCAGUGGCCUCCAAAGACUGGCACCACGGGGCCCGGGAGAACAUCCUGCUCUGCACGGACUGCCGCGUCCACUUCAAGAAGUACGGCGAGCUGCCCCCCAUUGAGAAGCCCGUGGACCCCCCGCCGUUCAUGUUCAAACCUGUGAAAGAGGAAGACGAUGGGCCCAGUGGGAAACAUAGCAUGAGGACACGGCGGAGUCGUGGCUCGGUGAGUCCCCGUGGCCAGGCAGCCAGACUGCUUCUCCAGGUUCCCAGCAGGCUGGGGGAUUGCGCCCAUCAGGAGGAAGAUGGUGGGUGUGUUUCAUGUUGGGUAGAGAAACAGCAGACCCCCCGAAG